AUGGAGAAGGUUGAAAAUGAAACGGAUAAUAAUAAGAUGACAGAGUCUGUCAGCAAUGAACAAGAUACGGUUAAAACGGAGCAAAAAGAAGAUUAUGAAGAGCGUUAUAAUAAAUUGAGGGGAUUUGCUGUUAAAUUAAAAAAAAAAGUACAAGAUUUGACAGAAGAAUUAAAAGUUGUUGAAAAUGAUAAAAUAAAAGUUAUUGCUGAGAAAGAAGAAUUUCAGAAAAAAAUUUCAUUGGUUUCUGAUAAUGUUAAAAAAUUACAGACUAUUCAGCUGGAAUACGACAAGCUUCAAGAUUGUUUGGAGCAGGAAAAAAAUGAAAACAAAAAGCUGACAAAAAAUUUAGAAACACUUGUAAUAGAUAACACUAAACUAAAAGAAUCAAAUUACGAAUACCGAGAGCGCAUAAGUACUUUAAUUAGUGAUUUAGACAACAAUGUCAAGGAUCUCGCAGAAGUGCGGAGUGUAAUAAAGAAGAAUGUAGGCUUGAUACUUCUGUUGGAGGAAGAGAAGAAAGCCAAGACCGUGAUUUGUCAGCAGAGGGAAAAAGAUUACGAAGAGAUCAAAGUUAAACUAGAGGCAGAGAUCCAGGCUCAUAAAAAUACUAAGGCUAGAUUGGAGAGCGCUAAGCAGGAAUGCAGCAGUAACAAUGUUUUAUUUUUGGAAGUCGAUAAUUACGAGAAAAGUAUUGAAGACUUGAAAUCCAAGCUGGCAGAUGAAGCGUCGAGGUGUUUGAGUCUUGAGAGCACGAUUGAAGAGCAGAACCAGACGAUAAUAACCUUGGAGCACCAGAUAACUGAGCUUAGAGACUCGUGCUUUGCUAAGACGAACCAACUGACCACUUUGGGGAACAAGAACGAGGGGCUAAAGGCAGAUUUGAAUGACCUCAAGCAAGAAAUGGCCUCGGUGGUCAAAGAAAAACAAAGUCUGCUGGAUUCUAUUGAGGGGAUCAAAGCAAAUAUGAGCAAACUCACCAAGGAAUCAGCGGCUCAUGCUGCUGAGAAAAAUAAAAUUGCCGAAGAAAUGGAUUUGUUGAAUAAAAAUCAUGCUCAACAAGUUGAACUUUUGAAACUAGAAAUUACCAGGCUGAAUGAUAUUGUCAGUAGCACUAAUGGAGAGUUGGAAGCGCUGAAAGCAGAGUAUGAAGGGUACAAAGUGAGAGCUCAAAGUGUUUUGAGGACAAAACAGAGUCAAAAUAAAGAGAAUGGGCUGAAUGGUAAAAGUAUUAAUGAAAUAGAAGCUGAAUUGAAUCAUUUACGUGGUUAUUCAACUCAUCUUCAAGAGAAAUUAGAUAUUAGCAGUGAAGAGAUAAAAUCUUUAACAAACGAUUUAACGGCGAUUAAAGAAGAACGUGAUUGUAUAAGAGAAAGUAAUCGCGAUCUCGGUAAAAAAUUGUCACUAUUAAGUCAAGAUUAUUUAAGUUUAAAAGAAAAAUGCCGAAUGCAGUUGACUACUAUCGACCAAUUAAAAGAAGAAAUGGAUAACAUUCAAGAAACGCUAAAAACUACACAUUCCGCUGAACUUAAGUCUUUAGAGACGCAAUAUCAACAGGAAAUAGAUAGCCUGAAAGCAGAAAUUCAACGACUAUCAGUUACUCCGUCAAUCAACAAGAAUGAUAAGCCGGAUAAAUUUGAGCAUGAUUAUCAAACACGCAAUGAUAUUUAUUUACUUGAACGAGAAGACGCUGAGGGAUCAGAGAGUGUGGACUCUUAUCAAGUAGGGAACUCCAGCUCGGAGCGAAAUCAACGGACGCUGAUGCCUCUCGACGAGCUACUGAACUCUUCUGAUGAUUAUGUAAAAUCCGUCCCGGAUUUGCCAGUUAAAGUCGACCGUCAGGAGCUGGAAAUUUCGGAGCGGAGAGUCAAACAUCUGACUGCUCUCCUCGCAGACGCUGAAAGAGACGUUGCUAAGUUAAAUCAGAUGAAUCAGUUGUUGAAGGAAGACAUCCGGAGGCAGCAGCGCAGUGUUGAGAGAGAGAGUCAUGCUAAUAAUUUUGAAUAUUUGAAGAAUAUUGUUAUUAAAUUUAUCACUUUGAAGAACGGAGAUGAAAGAAGUAGACUCAUUCCAGUACUCAAUACAAUACUUAAGCUCAGCCCUGAAGAAACUCACCAAUUAAAUCAAGUAGCCGGAGUAUCAGGACGCGGCUGGCUACCAUUAAUAUCAAUGCCCAUGUGGAAUAAUGACUAA